AUGAGAGAGGUCAAGCACCACAGCACAAUGUGCAGCAGCACCACCUUCAUCCUCACCCUCUUCCUCCUCAUUGGACCAUUCCUUUCUCUUUCCUCUUCCACACCCACCAACAGAAGAAUCCUUCACCAACCCUUUCUCCCUGAAGGAGGUUCUCCACCUCCCUCAGUUCCCCCAACCCCCACUCCACAGCUCUCUCCAUCACCUUCACCUCCAAACCCAAAGUACCCAUUUUCCACCACACCCACCACCAAUGCUUCCACACCCUUCUUCCCCACAUACCCUUCUCCCCCACCUCCACCUUCUCCUUCAGCCUUUGCUUCCUUCCCUGCUAACAUCUCCUCCCUCAUCCUUCCCCAAUCCCCCAAGUCCAAAUCUUCCUCCAAAAAACUCCUCGCCGUUGCCAUCGCGGCUGUCGCCUGCGCCAUCGCCGUGGUCUCCCUCUCCGCCUUUGUCUACUUUCGCCGCCGACGCCAGAGCUAUUCCGCUGAUGAGAAAACCCUCAGAUCCGACAGCAGCAUCCGCCUCUUCCCUCGUGAAGCCUCCGCCUCUGCUGGCGGUGGCCGCAAACCAAGAAACACCUCUUCUACCAGCUCCGAGUUUCUCUACCUUGGCACCAUUGUUAACUCCCGUGGCGGAAACGUCGAUGAGCUCUCUGACCCGCGGUCCGCGGCGUUGAACCCCCGCAAAAUGGACUCUCCGGAGCUUCAACCGCUUCCGCCGCUGGCGAGACAGGCUUCCAGGCUUAGAGAAGAAGCGGCGAUGGUGGAGGAUGAUGAAGAGGAGUUCUACUCGCCGAGAGGGUCGUUGAAUGGAAGAGAAGGCUCCGCCGGAACCGGAUCGGGUUCCCGGCGAGUUUUCUCCGCCAUUGCCGCAGAAAAUUUAGUUGGUCGUAGUAGCAGUGAGUCAACCAGCUCUUCUUACUCUUCUUCCUCUUCUGCUUCUCCGGAUCGCUCUCAUUCCAUUAGUCUCUCUCCUCCGGUAAGCAUAAGCCCUAGAAGAUCACAACCCAAGUCGCCUGAGAAUACCAUAACACACCAUUCUCCACCACCUCCUCCAGCGGCGAUUAUAAGUACCCCGUCCUCGUCCACACUAUCGUCGCCGUCACCGUCGCCGGUUCUCGGGCAACAUAUGCCGUCGUCGUCAAUGUCGUCGACGCCGGAGCGGAGGGAGUGUCAGUCUCCAUCGCUGUCGCCGCUUUCCUUGUCGCCGAAGAAAAACCAAUACCCAGAUGGUGAAUCACCUCCACCACUUGUAGUACUUGAAAAGAUGCAAUCUUUUGGUUCGUCUAGGUCCAAAGACGACAGUGGGUCACCGAGAUUGUCCAACGCUUCUUCCAUUGGGAAGUCCUUGGCUUUUACUCUGCCGUCGCCGGAUAAAAGCAUGAACUUGCAGCAUGGGCUGGAUCAGUCUCCAACCAUAUCCGACGUUUCAGAUCGGUAUAGAAAUUCUCCUUUGUCAUCAUUACCUUUGUCACCGACAUUACUUUCAUCGCCGGAGAGAGAGUUGAACCCUCAGCCUCCGCCUCAAUCUCAACCUCAGCCUCAACAACCACCUCCACGGAAACACUGGGAGAUUCCUGACUUGUUGACACCAAUCGGCGAAACGCCGAUUUUUUCAGCUCCUCAGAGGAAACAAUGGGAAAUUCCGGUUCUUUCAGCACCAAUUGCUCCAUCUUGUAGUAGUGUUAUAGCCCCUCCUCCACCACCGCCACCUCCGCCGCCGCCGCCAGUUCCGCGGCAACGAAAGCAGUGGGAGAUGCCACUGCCUUCUCCCGUGACGCCAGUGGGUCAACAGGUUUCGAGGCCGCCGGCGCUGACGCCACCUUCUAGGCCUUUUGUGCUGCAAACCCCAAAUACGAAGGUUUCUCCAGUGGAGUUGCCACCUGGUAGUUCUCAGAAUUUUGAGGAGAGUUCUGAAGAGGCAUCUAAACCUAAGUUGAAGCCUUUGCAUUGGGACAAAGUAAGGGCCAGCUCUGAUCGUGAGAUGGUGUGGGAUCAGUUGAGGUCCAGCUCUUUUAAGUUGAACGAGGAGAUGAUUGAAACUUUGUUUGUAGUGAACACGCCAAACCCAAAACCUAAGGACACUGCUCCUCGCUCAGUUCUUGCCCCGCAAAAUCAAGAGGAUAGAGUGCUGGAUCCUAAAAAGUCCCAGAACAUAGCUAUCUUGUUACGAGCACUUAAUGUGACUAUAGAAGAAGUGUGUGAAUCACUGUUAGAAGGUAUUACUGAUACACUUGGAACUGAACUACUUGAAAGCUUGUUAAAAAUGGCACCAAACAAGGAGGAAGAACGCAAAUUAAAGGAACAUAAAGAUGAUUCUCCAACCAAGCUUGGUCCUGCUGAGAAGUUUUUGAAGGCAGUGCUUGAUGUACCCUUUGCAUUUAAAAGGGUGGAAGCAAUGCUUUACAUAGCCAAUUUUGAGUCCGAAGUGGAGUAUCUUAGGAAAUCCUUUCAAACUUUGGAGGUUGCCUGUGAAGAGCUGCGAAACAGUAGAAUGUUCUUGAAGCUUCUAGAGGCUGUGCUCAAAACUGGCAACCGCAUGAAUGUGGGGACAAACCGUGGCGAUGCACACGCAUUCAAGCUUGAUACGCUUCUCAAACUUGUUGAUGUUAAAGGCGCAGAUGGCAAAACCACUCUACUUCACUUUGUUGUACAAGAAAUCAUCAGAACUGAAGGAGCUCGUCUCUCAGGUACCAACCAAACACCAAGCGCGAAUUUGAACGAUGAUGCCAAGUGUAGAAGGCUCGGUCUGCAAGUAGUGUCUAGUCUGAGUUCCGACCUAGCAAAUGUGAAGAAGGCAGCUGCAAUGGACUCUGAAAUCCUCAGCAGUGAGGUCUCCAAACUCUCCAAAGGAAUGGCACACAUUGCAGAGGUUUUGCAGUUGAAUGAAGCAGCAGGGUCAGAUGAAAGCAGCCAGAAGUUCAGAGAGUCAAUGAACAAGUUCAUGAAAAUGGCUGAGGAGGAGAUUUUAAAAGUCCAAGCACAAGAAAGUGUUGCUUUAUCCCUUGUGAAGGAGAUCACAGAGUAUUUUCAUGGGAACUUGUCAAAGGAAGAAGCUCAUCCAUUUAGAAUCUUCAUGGUGGUGAGAGACUUCUUAACAGUUCUUGAUAGGGUGUGCAAAGAAGUUGGCAUGAUAAAUGAGAGAACCAUGGUUAGUUCUGCACAUAGAUUCCCUGUCCCAGUGAACCCUAUGCUUCCACAACCCCUUCCUGGACUUGUUGGAAAGAGACAAUACAAUUCCUCAGAUGAUGAUAGUCCAUCUCCUUAG